AUGGAGCCUGAGGCCAAGAAGCCACCACCUCCGCAGAUCACCCUCCGUCCAUUCACCCUCUCCGACGCCGACGCCGACGCCUUCAUGUUGUGGGCCGCCGACGACCGCGUGAUGCGCUUCUUCGGCCCGACGUAUCCGACGAAAGACGCGGCCGCGGCCCACAUCCGGAGCCACAUCAUCCCCCAUCCGUGGUACCGCGCGAUCUGCGUCGGCGGCCGCACGGACCGGCCCGUCGGAUGGAUAUCCAUAAAUUCGGUAUUCAGAGAUGAUGAUGAUGAUGAUAAUAAUGAUAAUGCGCACCGCGCGACGAUGGGCUACGGGCUGGCGCAUGAGUGGUGGGGCCGGGGUGUCAUGACGGCGGCGGUGAGGGCAGCGGUCACGGUGAUAUUUGCGGAGCGGCCGCGGCUCGAGCGGCUGGAGGCGUUCGCGGCGGCGGAGAAUCGGAGGUCGCAGAGGGUGCUGGAGAAGGUAGGGUUUAAGAGGGAGGGACUGCUGCGGAAGUAUGCAGUGUUGAUGGGGGAGAGCAGGGACGUGGUCAUGUUCAGCUUCUUGGAUACUGAUACCAUUAAUCAUUAG